AUGAAAGAAAUCCUUGUUUCCUCAUACAAUACGUUGUUAGCUCCCAAGGUGAAGGCUGAGUGCUUGGGAAAUGGCCUUCUUGUAUCAACCAAAGAAAAUACCUACAUCGAGAACCAUUCUUGUAACAAAGAUGAGCGCAGAAAUAUUGGUCUCACAAAAAUCCCUGGGGUUUCCACUUGGUUCAACCAAUUCAACAUUUUGCUGCAAAGAAGCCUCAAGGAACGAAAGCAUGAAGCCUUCAACUCACUGAGAGUGUUCCAAGUAGCGGCUGGAGCCUUGUUAGCUGGCUUAAUGUGGUGGCAAUCUGAUUAUUUAGAUGUCCAGGAUCGUUUAGGGCUUCUCUUCUUCAUCUCUAUUUUCUGGGGUGUCCUGCCCUCUUUCAACUCGGUUUUCGCAUUCCCGCAAGAACGCGCCAUCUUCCUCAAGGAACAGGCCUCGGGUAUGUACACAUUGUCUUCAUAUUUCAUGGCUCGAUUGGUUGGAGACUUACCAAUGGAGCUCAUUCUCCCUACAAUCUUUCUCACCAUCACUUACUGGAUGGCUGGAUUAAAACCCGAUUUCGGUGCUUUUCUCUUGACAUUACUGGUUCUACUCGGCUAUGUGCUUGUGUCUCAAGGGCUUGGCCUUGCUUUAGGCGCUGCUAUCAUGGAUGCCAAACAGGCUUCCACCGUAGCCACCGUGACGAUGCUAGCUUUUGUGCUAACCGGAGGAUAUUACGUGCAUAAGGUUCCGUCCUGUUUGGCUUGGAUCAAAUAUAUUUCUACUACGUUUUAUAGUUAUAGGCUGCUAAUCAAUGUGCAAUAUGGGGAAGGUCCUAAAAUCUCUUCCCUCUUGGGCUGCUCAUCUCAACGUCGUCGUCAUGCAGGUGAUCAUAAAGUAAACUGCAAGUUUGUUGAACAGGAUGUUGCAGGGCAAAUUAGCCCUGUGGUGAGCGUUUGUGUCUUGUUGUUUAUGUUUUUUGCAUAUAGAUUAUUAGCUUAUCUUGCAUUAAUGAGGCGCAUUAAAGCCUAA